UAUACACGCAUUACAAGGAUACAUCACUAGACAACAUCGAUUUUUUCAUCUGCGCAGUCGUCGCCAUCAAUGCGAUGUGACAGCAGAUUCUUUGUAAAGGAAAUAUAGAUACAGAAUUAUUAACUCAGAAUGUCUGAUGUCUUUGUGGCAUACCCACCGUCAACGACAGGAUGUGUAAUAUUUGGUAAAAAUUCUGAUCGUCCGACGACUGAGGUACAAGAGGUUGUUUAUUUUCCAGCAAAGGAUCAUGCACCAGAGUCUAAAGUCAUGUGUACCUUGGUAGAAAUUGAUCAAGUACCAUCCACUCAUGCUGUGGUGCUUAGUAAGUCAGCUUGGACCUGGGGUGCUGAAAUGGGAGCUAAUGACAAAGGACUUUGUAUUGGAUGUACCGCUGUGUGGACCAAAUUGUGUCAUCCAGGGGAUCACAGCGCAAAACUCAUGGGUGUUGAUUAUGUCAGGCUUGGUUUAGAACGUUGUAGUACUUCAAAAGAGGCCCUUGCCACAAUCACUGAACUACUGGACAAACAUGGUCAAUGUGGACUCACAAGUCAGGACCAUAGUUUCGGACAGUGGUCCUAUAAUACUUCCUUUAUAUUUGUUGAUCCAAAAGAAGCAUGGUUAUUAGAGACAGCUGGUGAAUUUUGGGCUGCAAAACAUAUAUCUGAUGGACACUUCAAUGUCUCUAGCUGUCUGAGGAUAACAGACGACUAUGAUGAACUGUCACCUGGGUUAGUUGAAAAGGCUACGGAGGCAGGACAUUGGAAGUCUGGAAAUGGUAGUUUCAAUUUUAGUCAAGCAUUUUCUGCGGAAUUUGAUGGCUUAUCACUAACAGACAUACAAAAGCCACAGCAUAGACAAGCUGAGGGAGCAAAAUUAAUGACAAAUAUGUCAAAAGACGGUUCUUUCAAUAUGGAAUGCAUGCGGGAAAUUUUACGUGAUGAAGGGAGCAGUAUAAAUUUUAUGGGAGAGUUGUAUACUGUUGGGAGCCAGAUUUCUGUAUUGUCGCUAGAUGUCAACAUUCCACAUUGCCAUUGGUUCACUGCUACUCCAAAUCCGUCGCUGUCCGUCUUCAAACCUUUCAUAUUUUGUUCUUCCGUUGAUAUCGGUGAAGUAACACGUUCUCCCUCUACUGGAGAGAGAGCACGUGCUAGUUUCCAGACGAACGCCGAUAGACGACACCCUUUGUUCAUUGCACACGAAAAAGCAAGACCGCUUAUGGAAAGUGAUGAUCCAAAAGGCCAAAGGUUGCUUUCGACAAUGCAACAGUUAGAACAAAAUUGUAUUACUGAAAUGCAAGAAUUUCUUCAGAAUUUCAGUGAAAGUAACUUGAAUGAUGUACAAGAUUUGUUCAAAGACAUUUCGGAAUCGGAAACCAAAUUUUACAAAUAGGUCAGCAAAACCACCAGACUUUAAAAGCUUUAUUGUGAUACACAGACAUUUGUUUGCAGUUUUAUUACAAAACUUACAUUACAAUCAUGCACACUCGAUACAGAUAUAAAAGUUACGUGAAUGCAAAACAAAAAUAGUUGUAUAUAUAUCUAACUAGAAGAUUUGAAAGAACUGAAUCUUGAACACGUAAAUCUUUAAAACUUUGUUAAACCAUAAAACCCAGUAUAAUAUGCAGCCAAAUGAUCAGAGUUAUCUAGCAUAUCAUUGCUUUAAGUAUUUGUGAGUGCAUUUCAUUUGUUUUUAACAAUGUUAUGUCAAUAUGACUAGGCUUGCGUUCUUAUUUUUCAAUCAUAAUUUGAAAGCUAUUGAUGUGUUACUUAUGUGAACUGGCCAUAAAAUAUUGCCUUGUGAUUGGAUUUAAAGGAUGCAAUUGUGUUUUACCAAACAGUGUUCUGAGGUUUCACUUAAUUGAGAAGAACUGUAACUUAUGGUCCAUUAGAUUGGUAUUGAAUAAUCUCAUCGCACAGUAUUUCAUUUGUUUUUCAAGAUGUAAGGAUUUUAACCAUAACACUGGUGACCAAAAACCACAAAGGUGUGGAGACAUGCUUCAUUCUUGAUUCUUACAAAACAUGUAACUGUUGCUAUACAAGUGAAUGAGUAAUUGGUUUAAUAUACUAUUAAUAUAGUGCUCUAUAAACUCAUGGUACCGGUAUAAUGUACUAUUAAUAUAGUGCUCUAUAAACUCAUUACUGUAAUACUUAUAAAAUAAGAAGGAAUAAAUCAACCGCUUAAUUCA